AAUUUGUUUGUUGCGCGCUUUUUUGGAGAAUUUUUAAAUUAAUUUUUUCUGCGACUGUACAAAUUAUUUUUUCUCAGAAGAAGAAACUGCAAAUUCGGUUCAUAUUCUGUGCUUAUAUCUAUAAAUUAAGUAAUAAGAGAUUAAUCUCACCAAAUUAAUUUUCGUUUCUUAUACUUUGUGGCUGCAUUCAGUGCAGAAGAGUGAAAAAUGAUGGCAAUUUAUAGCUAAUCUGCAAAUAGAGAAGACGAAAAAGGAAAAACAUAGAGGUCAAUGUUACUGCACUUCCUAAGGAUGGAUUUUGUUCUGUAUAUUUGCUAAAGUGGGGCAGAGGACUAAAUAACUAGGAAGUGAGAAUACACUUCACGGUAAGGUCAUAAUAUGAAUCUAACUGAUGAAGGGGAGAGCUCUGGCAUGUUCGUCCAGCCAGCAAAGCGGAGACGUGGCCGCCCACGUAAAUAUCCAAGCUUAAAGCAAGCUGAAGCGGCGCAUACGCCCGGUUCUGAAGGUGGCAUAGCCCACCUUUCUCAGAGAGCCGACAGAACAAAGGAAACAGAGAGUAUGGUGGGCCAGUCAGUAACUGGUGUCGUUGAAGCAACAUUCGACUCUGGCUAUCUGCUUACUGUUAGAAUUGGCAACUCCAGUACCAAAUUGAAAGGUGUUGUUUUCAAGCCAGGACAUUGUGCUCCAAUUACAGCACAAAACGAUGUUGCCCCACAUGUUCAAAUGAUAAGAAGAAGCGACGUCCAUUUCAGUUUUGAAAACCAGAGUCAGACUCCUGUGGUGCCUUCGAAACGCAAAUAUGCACCAGUAAGAGCACCUGCUGCUCCUCCAGCUAUCAGUGUGGCUCCCGUUGCACCUCAACCCAUUAGUUAUCCAAAUGGAUCACAAGAUUGCAACAAUGGAGAUGCUGACGUGCACAUGGUUGAACCUUUGUCCAUGUUACCACCGGGUCGAUCCAUACCAGUUGGCCAGGUUAUUGUUCCCGUGCAACCUUAUCCCAGCUGCCAAGUUGCCCCAGGUGGCCAGCAGCACGAUAAUGGCUCGUUCAAUAAAGGCACCCUAUCAGAUAUUGAUGCUAAGAGCUCUUCCCAGACUUCAGAUACUAAACUUGAGGAAUCAUUGAAAUCUUCACCAGAAAACUCAGCUAUCGUUUCAGAACUAGACACUGGUGUUGGUAAUGAGCCCUUUCCGACUGAGAUGCCACGUACAGAGCCUUUGUGCAAUUAUGGAGCUGGAAGGAUGACCGAGCUUUUGAAGGUUUUGCAGGAAAACUCAAAAGAGACUCGGGUGCAAGUUGGUGAACAGCCAGCUUCAGCUACACAAGUUGAGUUCGAAGAUACUGUCCCGUGAUGCAAUAAUGCUAAAUUUACGCCUCGUCCUGUGAUCUGUCUGACUUUGUAUGCCAUAUUUGAGUUCAACAAAGAAGCACAAAUGGUAGUGUUUAAAAAUUAUGAACUAGUAAUUUUCUCUUCCUCUGGAUUAAGGAGGAUUUUAUUUUCUCCUUCAUUGCUCUAGAUACAAAUAGAUGUGGACUCCAUGAGGGUGCAGUUGAAUUUAUCAAGUUUUGAUUUUAAUA